CUCUAUGCUCAUUUCUGGAAAUCCCCUUCUGACGUCACAGAUACAAUCAUGGCGACCACGAGGUUAUCCACGACUUUGAACAUCGGAAAAACAUUGGUCUCAAACUUGCGUUCUCUGUGCACUCCAAGCGUGAGCAAAAUUCCUGCCAGCAAUGGCUUCCACACGACUCCUCACAAAACCGCGAAUAUCCCUGAGCCUGUGUCGAAGCCAGCUGGUCGCCAUGUUGUGACGAUGGUGCCCGGUGAUGGCGUCGGCCCAGAGAUGAUGGGCGGCGUCAUGGAUGUGUUCCAAGCUGCCGGCGUUCCUGUCGACUUUGAGGAGAUCUUCCUGAGUGAAGUUCAACCGGGUCAGAGCGCCAGUUUGUCAACAGCCACUGAGUCAUUUCUUAGGAAUGGCGUCGGUCUGAAGGGCAUUAUCACAACGCCAACCAGCUUUAAGGGAGGCGUACUGCGUACACUCAACAUGAGGCUCAGACGAGAGUUGGAUCUCUUUGCCAACGUGGUGUGGGUAAGGAGCUUGCCGGGCUUCAAGACCCGCCACAACAACCUGGACUUUGUCAUCAUACGUGAACAGACCGAGGGGGAAUACAGCGCACUGGAGCACGAGAGUGUCGAAGGAGUGAUCGAGUGUCUCAAGAUCAUCACCCGGGAUAACUCCAUGAGAAUUGCCAAGUUUGCAUUUGACUAUGCCCUCCGUCACAACAGAGAAAAGGUCACAGCAGUUCACAAAGCCAACAUCAUGAAGCUUGGUGACGGACUGUUCCUCAAGUGUUGUGAGGAGGUUGCUGCCCUGUACCCCAAGAUACAGUUUGAAACUAUGAUCAUCGACAACUGCUGCAUGCAAAUGGUGUCGAACCCCCACCAGUUCGAUGUGAUGGUCAUGCCUAACCUGUACGGCAACAUCCUUGACAACUUGGCAGCAGGGCUGGUCGGCGGUGCCGGUGUUGUACCAGGAGAGAGCUACAGCAAGGAUGUUGCCAUCUUUGAGCAGGGUGCCCGCCAUGCUUUUGCUGAGGCUGUAGGGAAGAACAUCGCCAACCCAACUGCCGUCCUGCUUAGCGCUUGUAACAUGCUCAAACACAUUCACCUGGAGUACCACUCUAAGCUCAUCGAGGAGGCUGUCAUCCGUGUCAUCAAGACUGGCAAGAUACGCACCAAGGACAUGGGUGGUUACGGAUCCACCAGUGACUUCAUCAAGGCCGUAGUGCACAGUCUGUAGCUUCCUCCAUCAAACUCCUUUAGUCGUUUAUUUAUUGUUGUUGUCAAAUAAACAUAAACACUUAAAUGCCCAGUGUACAUUAACAACUUGUAAGGAAAUUGUGGUCAUAAUUCCAGUAUUGUUAGCAAGAUUCAAUGUGUACAUCGGAAAUUAUUAAUCUUGUUUCCUGUGAAAAUGCAAUGUUGACUGAUCAAGAUUAUUCCGGUCUGUCACAACCAUCAGCUGGUGAAGAAACAGGCUGAUGUUUAGGGUCAAAGCACUUGUGGUAAAUUGUUGAGAAAUAAUCACUGAUCUAAACUACGUUGUUUUUUAAAGAUGCACUCAUGUGCAAUAGUGUUUUUUUGGUGAUGUCAAAUUUUGUUCAUGUGUAUUUUUGUUUCGGUAAAUGAAAUGAGGAUGAAUACUGAUGAAUCUCACUUUGAUAUUUCUACGUUUUGUUUUUGAAUAUUUUAAAGGUACCAGAUUUCUGUAGUUGGCUGAUUGAUGUCACCUGAAAUAUUUAACACACAUUAAUGGAGAAGCUUUUCCCCUGUGUGGCAAUGUGCAUAGACAGACAUUGUGUAGAUGGAACAGUGGGACAAUCUAUACUGUUCUGCUUUCAUAGAAAUAUUUUCAUCUCGCCAUGAUACACAACACCGACUCUCAUAGGUCAAGUGUAUAUUCAAACAGAAUAUAUCUCAUUAUCCCUAUCAAAAGUUGAGUAGUAUACAUUCAAAUGAUAUAAAGAACUGUUCCUGAAACUAUCCUAUAAGAAUCAUUGAGGAAUGGUCUCUGUUCAUGUUCUUGUUUUAUACUAGAAUGGUUUAAAGUAACUUCAGUUUCAGAUGCACUUUCAAAGAGUUUACAAAUGUACCAGUACGGGUUUACCAUACUGCGAUCUUGUGAAAUUGAGUAAUUUAUUAUUCAUUGAAUAUUUUCUAUUUUCUGCAUUUACAGGUUAUUAAAGAUGUAUACUGAUAUUUAAGAUUGAUUUAGAUCUAUGAAACUGUACAUUGUUUGUGUACAGACUGUUAUCACAUUUAUACCCUGUACAGAUAUACUGAACCAGUGAAAGGCCAUGAUAAGCUCAUCAUUAGAUUUUCAUCAAACUUUUAAAAAAAUGUGAGGCAGGAGACUGUUUAAAGGAUUAUCAAAUAAACUAACUUUUCAAGGCAUCUGUGUCAAUUGUUGAUGGAUGUGAUUUGCACUAUGUAUAUGAUGUAGUUCAUCAAUUGUUUGUUUGUUGUUUAACGCCGCACUCAGCAGUAUUACAGCUAUAUGACGGCGGUCUGUAAAUAAUCGAAUCUGGACCAGACAAUCCAGUGAUUGACAUCAUGAGCAAUUGGGAUACAAUGACAUGCAUCAACCAAGUCAGCGAGCCUGACCACCCGAUCCCGUUAGUCGCCUCUUAUGACAACCAUAGUCACCUUUUGCGUCAAGCAUGGGUUGAUGAGACACAGUGAUUUUGUCUGUAUAUACGUGUGUGGAAAAUAAGAUGUUCAGAAUUUGGUAGCUAGGCAAGUGAGAAUGAAAAUCUAACAUGUAACCUAUCAUGGUCUAACCUAAGAUUGUAGAUAACACCAUUUGUUGUCGGUGUAUUAUCUUUCAUUUUGUUUUGUUUUGUUAAUAAAACAUAUACCAAAGCAA